GCUCGAGCUGCAGUGGGCAGUCUCAGCUUCUCAACUGCCGAGUGUGACCAGUGGCCACCUCUGCUGCAUCUCCUGCAACCUGGUCUUGUCUGGACCACUGAGCAAAUCUGCCAACACCCUAGCCGGCUGUGAACACAGGUCCUGGGAAAUGGCAGAUGUGCCCAACGGUGAGGAGGACUGUGGGUCCCCACUGGAGCUGUUCAAGAACAUUGCUGCUCAAGGGGAGCUCGUGAGGGCCCUCAAAGCCAGAAACGCGGCGAAGGAUGAAAUUGAUUCCGCAGUGAAGAUGUUGUUAUCCUUGAAAAUGAGCUACAAAGCUGCCACGGGGGAGGAUUACAAGGCUGACUGUCCUCCAAGGGACCCGGCACCUGGGAGUGAUAGUGGCCUGGAUGUCACAGAAGCAGGCGAGGAUUUUGUGGACCCGUGGACAGUACAGACAAGCAGUGCAAAAGGCAUUGACUAUGACAAGCUCAUCGUGCGGUUCGGAAGCAGUAAAAUUGACAAGGAGCUGAUAAACCGAAUAGAGAGAGCCACGGGUCAGAGGCCGCACCGCUUCCUGCGCAGGGGAAUCUUCUUCUCGCACAGAGACAUGCAUCAAAUUCUUGAUGCCUAUGAAAAUAAGAAACCAUUUUAUCUGUAUACGGGCAGGGGCCCCUCUUCUGAAGCAAUGCACGUAGGUCACCUCAUCCCGUUUAUCUUCACAAAGUGGCUGCAGGAUGUGUUCCACGUGCCCUUGGUCAUCCAGAUGACCGACGACGAGAAGUACCUAUGGAAGGACCUGACCCUGGACCAGGCCUAUGGCUACACUGUGGAGAACGCCAAGGACAUCAUCGCCUGCGGCUUUGACAUCAGGAAGACUUUCAUCUUCUCUGACCUUGACUACAUGGGGAUGAGCCCAGGCUUCUACAAGAACGUGGUGAAGAUACAGAAGCACGUCACCUUCAACCAAGUGAAGGGCAUCUUCGGCUUCACUGACAGUGACUGCAUCGGGAAGAUCAGUUUUCCUGCCAUCCAGGCCGCUCCCUCCUUCAGCAACUCGUUCCCCCAGAUCUUCCGAGACCGGACAGAUGUCCAGUGCCUCAUCCCGUGUGCCAUCGACCAGGACCCAUACUUCAGGAUGACCAGAGACGUGGCCCCCAGGAUCGGCUACCCUAAGCCAGCCCUGCUGCACUCGACCUUCUUCCCCGCCCUGCAGGGGGCCCAGACCAAGAUGAGCGCCAGCGACCCCAACUCCUCCAUCUUCCUCACAGACACGGCCAAGCAGAUCAAGACCAAGGUCAACAAGCACGCGUUCUCCGGAGGCAGAGGCACCACUGAGGAGCACCGGCAGUUUGGGGGCAACUGCGACGUGGACGUGUCCUUCAUGUACCUGACCUUCUUCCUGGAGGAUGACGACAGGCUGGAGCAGAUCAGGAAGGAUUAUACCAGCGGGGCCAUGCUCACCGGCGAGCUCAAGAAGGAGCUUAUAGAAGUUCUGCAGCCCUUGAUCGCCGAACACCAGGCCCGGCGCAAGGAGGUCACAGACGAGAUAGUGAAAGAGUUCAUGACUCCCCGGAAGCUGUCCUACGACUUUGAGUAAUGCUCACCUUCUAUACACGUAGUAAGAGAUGUAAUUUACCAAGAAUCCCAGCCCAGUUGAAUCACCACUUCCCUUAGGCUGUGUCACACGGUAAUUACCGGCCUGGUGUCUGUAAGCCCUCUGUGUGUAUCAGUGCUGUUUCUUCUGCUGAAUGUCAUUCCCUGUCUCCUGUGAGCACAGCCCUGUGGGGUGAUUGGGUGCUGGGUAAUAGUGAGUGGUCACACAGACAAGUCCAGCUGGAGUCUCCCACAAAGCAGCCCCAAGGAUGUGCAGCCUUGGGCUGGAUGUCCACUGGCCAGCCUGUUCUGGUCCACAGAGCAGCUCUUGUUUGAAAGCAUCCUACAUCCAAACAUACUCUUAAACGUGCGCUAUCAAAGAAAAUGUCGUCUAUGUAUGCAUACCUGGAAUCGAGAUGUUAUUAUCAUAAAACCAAAAAGAAGUGCUUCAAACAGUUGACGUGGGGAAGCUUCACGGGCACAAGAGGCAUUUCAGCACGUGACCCCCCCAAAUUA